GAAUCGAUGGAGUUUUAACUUUAAAGUUAAUUUUAAGUUAAAUUAUCAAAAUUUAAACAAAUAACUGUAGUUUUAACAACUGAUACACGCACCAGUGUUAAAAUUUAAUGUUUAAUUCUUAGUCCUUUGACUGUUAGUAAAAUAAUAUUACAAAACAUUCAGUAAAAACUUUAUAUUGUAUAAUCUACCAACACUAUUAAAUGGCUUAAAAGGGUUUUCUUUCUUCACAUGAACGAUUGUAUUUGAAAAAUGAUGCCACUCAACGAUUUCAAGAAUCCUGAACUAGUUCCGAUAUCCAACGUUAUUGGUUUGGCAUCUCAACGCCCUCUUAGUACAUUUCCUGAAAUGUGGUAUCAAACUUUUUUAUGGGCCUUAUUCUCAUCUGCUAUUGUCCAUACUGUAGCUGCGAUAAUUGCUUUUGCUACACUCCAUAAACAUAAUUUUGGAAAGUUUUUUCCAUUGUUCAUUCUAUUGGUUGGAAUAUUUGCUCCACUUAGUUCAGGCAUAGUCAGCAGUGCUACCAUAGCGUUUGUCUAUCGAGCAUCUAGUAUUCAAAUGCAACCGUUGUAUGCAAUGUUUUGGGGAGUAGGACAGACAUUACUCUCAGCAGCUGUAGGUUUUACAAGAAUUUUAGCUACAUUAUAGAACAAUUGAAAUAUAAUAUGUAAAUACCUUGUAUAUAAUAUGAUAUAAAAGAUUGUAUAUAUUUUGUGUACCUAUCUAUUAAUAAAUAAGAA